AGAAACAGGUAAAUGAAGCCGAGCACACGCCAUUCCCUGUGUACAGAGUCUAGGAUGGCCCUUUCCUGGUUUAAGCGGGUGCACAGUUUAUUCCUCAUCUGUACAUUUCUGUAGAUUUUGAGAGGUUAAAGUCUACAGGUUUUAAACUCUCCCAGAAUCCCUCCAGAGUGCAGAUCUCUAGGCAGUGGAGCCACAUUCCCCACCCUCUCAACCCUUCCCUCGACCAUAUAAGGAGAGGCAGCUGCUGGGGGCGUCCCCAGUAUCUAAAGAUAGAGGCUUUUGCCUGGGACUCCAAAUGCCACUGGGCAGGUGGAGCAGCCAUGGCACGGCAGCAUGCCCGGACCCUGUGGUAUGACAGGCCCAAGUAUGUGUUUAUGGAAUUUUGUGUUGAGGACAGCACGGAUGUCCAUGUGCUCAUUGAGGAUCAUCGCAUUGUGUUCAGCUGCAGGAAUGGUGAUGGAGUGGAGUUGUACAACGAGAUUGAGUUCUACGCCAAAGUGAACUCCAAGGAUUCCCAGGAUAAGAGGUCCGGCCGCUCUAUUACUUGCUUUGUGAGGAAAUGGAAGGAGAAGGUGGCCUGGCCCCGGCUCACCAAGGAAGAUAUCAAGCCAGUGUGGCUGUCUGUGGACUUCGAUAACUGGAGAGACUGGGAAGGGGAUGAAGAGGUAGAGCUGGCUCACGUGGAGCAUUAUGCAGAGCUUUUGAAAAAGGUCAGCACCAAGAGACCUCCACCUGCCAUGGAUGACCUGGAUGAUGAUUCUGACAGUGCUGAUGCAACAAGUAAUUAACUUUCUGUGACAGCAGAGCUGAGAGGAGAUUAUAACUGCUUUCUGUUGCUCUGAAGAGUCGUGGUCUGGACCUUGUCAGCUCUUUGGCUGUGCACCAGGGUCCUUUGAGAUCUCUGAACUUCCCUAGAAGUUCUUUUUUUUUUUUUCCCCUAAAUAUUUAUUUUUUAGUUUUAGGUGGACACAAUAUCUUCACUUCACUUUUAUGUGGUGUUGAGGAUCGAACCCAGUGCCUUGCGCAUGCCAGGCGAGCACGCUACCACUUGAGCCACAUCCCCAGCCCCUAUAAAAGUUCUUUAUUAAGUGUUCCUCUUCAUACUUUAUGUCUUCCUACUGUGCACUUGACUUUGGUGCUUCAUCAAGAUAGCAGGAUAGAGGAAGAGUAGACGGGGUUGGCCGGGGGCUUCUAACUUCUUACUGAUUUAUUUAUAAGAUCUAUGUUUGGGAUGCUUGGUUAUUUGAGAUUUACAUAUAUGUGAUAGAGCAAGAGCCAAAGAGGAAACAGAUUAUAAUAAAUCUCUAGGAUGGUUCUCCAUCUUCCUCUUGGUGGAAAGCCUCUUCUGCUUUCAGAGUUUCUCUUAAGAAUGUAGGGUAGGGCUCAGAGAUUCUGGUCCUCACUGAGGUUGGAAGACAAAAGAUAUUAGGGACAGGCUUAUAACCAACCCAAGGACUUCCUCUUGCCUGUAUCUGGGCUUGGUCCUUCUUAGAACCAAGUGUGUGUGUGUGUGUGUGCGUGUCACCUUAGGCCAAGAGCAGGGUGCAGGUCUAUAAUUCCAGUGGAAGCUGAAGCAGGAGGAUUGCAAAUUUGAGGCCAGCUUUAGCAAUUUAGCAAGACCCUAAGCAAUCUAAUGAGACCUUGCCUCAAAAUAAAAAAAAUAAUAAAAGGGCUAGAGAUACAGCUCAGUGGUAAAAUACCCCUGGGUUCAAUCCCCAGUACCAAAACAAAAUAAAAGAAAAACCCAAGCAAACUAAAUAAACUAAACCCAGCCACCUCA